AUGAGAGCAUCAAUGUGGUGGCAGCUUUUGCUAUCCAUGCUCGCCUUGGUGAGCUCAUGCGCGGCACGGCGCAUCCAGGCAGAGGCGACGAUCGAGCUGCCGCCACCAUUGCAGUGGCAGUUCUACCAGAACUCGUGCCCCGAUGCCGAGAAGUAUGUGAGGGACCAGGUCGAGUUCUACUGGAAGCAGGACAGGACCCUCGCUCCCAAGCUCAUCCGAAUUGUCUACUCCGACUGCUUCGUCAAGGGGUGCGAUGCGUCGGUUCUAUUGGACGGGCCAGAUUCAGAGAAAAAAGCACCGCAAAAUGCAGCGUUUCUAGGGUUUACGUUGGAGGUGAUUGACAAGAUCAAGGAAGUCCUGGAGCAGCAUUGUCCCGGGGUUGUCUCUUGUGCCGACAUUAUCAACCUCGCUGCUAGAGAUGCUGUUGUCUUGGCGGGAGGGACGUCGUACCCCGUUCCGACCGGGAGGAGGGACGGGAAUUCAUCCACUGCAAAGUCAGUGGACUUACCGUUGCAAGCCGUCUCGUGGGGAUCGGUGGUCCCUUACUUCCAAGAAAAGGGCUUGGAUGUGCAGGACCUCACCACUCUACUUGGGGGGCAUUCACUGGGCAAGACCGGCUGCCAGUUCAUCGCGGACAGGCUGUACAAUUUCAACAAGACCGGCAAGCCAGACCCAAGCGUGGACCCAUCCUUUUUGUCCCAAUUGAGGGAGCAAUGCCCACCAAACUCAACGAACCAAGUGUACCUUAACCCUGACUCAGGCUCGAGCUACAACUUGGGCAAGACCUUCUACUCCAGGGUCCUGAACCACCGGGCCGUCCUAGGCAUCGACCAGCAAAUUGCCGCCAACAACGACAGCUACCAGAUCGCUCAGAGGUACGAUGCCAGUUUCGAGGACUUCAAGAAGAUGUUCGGCCGGUCAAUGACCCGGCUAGGGCUCGUCAAGCUCCUUCCGGGGGAUCAGGGGGAGGUUCGCAAGAAUUGCCGAGUCGUGAAUGCGAAAUAA